GACGAGCAUGUUGAUGAUGAAGAAAUGGUCUUGAGUGUGUCCACAGCAGAGCAGAGCCUCAGGCUGCACGAAAAACAGCUCGCGGCCCACGAGGGGUUAACGGACGGUCACCACUUGCACUCGAGCCCUCCCAUCGACCACCACUCCCCCGUUUCUCCUGGAAUGGACUAUCCCACGGAUUCACAUGACGCGUGCAUACGUGUGUGUGCGUGAGCCCACGUAUCUAUAUAAAGGAGCAUGUGGGCUCGGACGUGGAGUUCAGUAGCCCAGAACUUGUGUUGGCUGCCUCGCUCUCCCACAGAAAAAAAAAGACAAGCAGCGGGAAUAUAAACUUGUCAAAGAUCAGGACUGCUCGCCUGUGGGAACUCAGGAAACCCUUCCGCACGAUCCUCCCCCCACCCGCCCCCCACCCCAAACACACACUCACACACUGCCCAAAGCGGCCCCCCGUAAGCAAAAAACGCAAAAUGGGUGAUCUGCCGGAGGACGGCUCGUUCAUGUUCACGUCGGAGUCUGUGGGAGAGGGACAUCCAGACAAGAUCUGCGACCAGAUCAGUGACGCCGUCCUGGAUGCGCACCUCAAGCAGGACCCCGAUGCCAAAGUGGCCUGCGAGACGGUGUGCAAAACGGGCAUGGUGCUGCUCUGUGGCGAGAUCACGUCCCGCGCCAACGUGGACUACCAGAAGGUGGUCAGGGACGCCAUCAAACACAUCGGCUACGACAACUCCGAUAAAGGUUUCGACUACAAGACGUGUAAUGUCCUGGUGGCUCUGGAGCAGCAGAGUCCAGACAUUGCCCAAGGUGUCCAUGUGGACCGCAAGGAGGAGGACAUCGGAGCCGGAGACCAGGGUCUGAUGUUCGGCUACGCCACGGACGAGACGGAAGAGUGCAUGCCGCUCACCAUCGUCUUAGCCCACAGGCUCAACUCCAAGAUGGCCGAGCUCAGACGCAACGGCAUCAUCCCCUGGCUGCGCCCCGACUCCAAAACCCAGGUGACGGUGCAUUACGACCAGAAAGAUGGCGCCGUGAUCCCGCGGAGAGUCCACACCAUCGUCAUCUCGGUUCAGCACGACGACUGCAUCUCCCUGGAGGACCAGAAGAAGGUCCUCAAGGAGAAGGUAGCGCGUUGGAUUGGAUGUCCCUGGACUCGUGUUAAGCAGAAUUUGCAGGUGAUCAACGCGGUGGUCCCCGCCAAGUACCUGGACGACAAGACCAUCUACCACCUGCAGCCCAGCGGCCGCUUCGUCAUCGGGGGCCCUCAGGGAGACGCCGGCGUCACGGGCCGCAAGAUCAUCGUGGACACGUACGGGGGUUGGGGGGCUCACGGGGGCGGCGCCUUCUCCGGCAAGGACUUCUCCAAAGUGGACCGCUCGGCCGCCUACGCCGCCCGCUGGGUGGCCAAGUCUCUGGUCAAGGCCAAGCUGUGCAGGAGGGUCCUGGUGCAGGUGUCGUACGCCAUCGGUGUGGCUCACCCUCUGUCCAUCUCGUUGUUCACGUACGGCUCGUCCAGCAAAACCGAAUCGGAGCUGCUGCACAUCGUCAACAAGAACUUCGACCUGAGGCCAGGCGUCAUCGUCAGGGAACUUCAGCUGAAGAGGCCCAUCUACCAGCAGACGGCGACCUACGGCCACUUCGGUCGGCCCGAGUUCAGCUGGGAGGCCCCCAAAAGGCUGGUCCUCUAAGCGCUCCAUGUCCUCACAGCAAAUACUCCUGGAGGACAUGGACUAACCCAAAACCAAUCAAACCAAAGUUCUAUAUAUAUAUAUAUAUAUAUAUAUUACAGAAGGGGCUGAGAAACAAAAUGUGAAGAGACGUAACGUGAAGGACAUCUAAUGGGAACAAAGACAUCCAUCCUAUUAAAUCGUUGCGUGGUGCUUUUUUUUUUUUUUAUAAAUUCAUAAUCACAAACACCUCAAUGCUAUAAGCGUACAACACUUCCACGUGGGAGAUUCUUUUUUCGAACAACUAUUAGUGUAAUUACUGCUUCAACCAAAGCUUCACUUCUCAAUCUGUGUUUUUUUUAAAAAAAAUUAAAUGUGUGUGCUGCCAGAAAGCUGGUCACAAUCAUCACGGUGCUCCAACAAACAGGUCAAGAAAACGUCUAUAAGCAUGUUACAACCAAACACUUCAAAACAGCCUUUCAGUGGGCUACAUAUGCCUACCCCUAUACAGCCAUGCAAAUGGAAAACAAACCUAAAAAUCCCCUCAAAUGGCACAAAUGCUCAUAUUUAAUAAUGCGCCUAAAAGUUCCUGUUGAGCAGCUCCUACAGGUUGCUAAAUGUUUUGGUUUUUUUUUUUGCCAUUCAAUUCUAACAAAAAAAAAAAAACGAAACUAAAAAUCCUCCUAAAUGCCAAAACCGCUCAUAUUGAAUAAUGCCCCUUAAAAAAAGUUGUUGUAUGCACCUAAUACUUAUUGUCCUCAAAAGUUGCCUUUGUUUUUGCCAUGCAAUUCAAAAAAAUAAAAUCUAGUCACAAAAUAUAUUGAAUAGUUUUUUCCACACAAUUGUAAAGCAAAUGAAACGGAAAUUGUCCCCUCAUAUUCCCACAAACGCUUAUUUAAUAACGUCCCAAAAAAGUUGCUUUGUGCCUUUGUUUUUGUCUAGCAACUCCAAAAACAAAUGAACUCUAAAGAGCCUCAAAGUGGCACAAAUACUCAUCAUAUUUAAUGUCCUUUAAAACAAAAAAAAGCUGUUUUUUUUGUUGUUGUAUUGCAAGCCAAGUGCCUUUGUUUUUGCCAUGCAGUUCCAAAAACAAACCAGAAUGGUCCUCUAAAAUCACACUAAAGCUCAUAUUUAAUAACAUCAUUAAAGUUGCCAAGUGCCCUUUAUUGUAUCAGGAAAUUCUAAAAGCAAAUGAAACAGAAAACCCCCCAAAUGUCACGAAAUCUUAUUUAAUAGUCAUAAAAGGUUUCUUAGUGCCUUUGCUUUUAUCUUGCAACUCUAAAAACAAAUCAAAUGUAAAAAGCCCCAAAGUGGCAGCAACUCUCAUCUUAUUUUAAUAAAAUGUUCCUAAGUGGCUUUGUUUUUACUAUAUAAUUCUAAAAGCAAAUGAAACAAAAAAAAUACUGAAUGGCACAAAAGCUUAUGUUUAAUAAUGUCCCCAAAAAGUUGCUUUAGUGUCUUUUUUUACCUUGCAGAAACGAAUGAAACGCAACAGCCCAAAAGCUCAUCAUAUUUAAUAAUGUCCCCCAAAAAGCUUUUGUGCAGGCCCCAUUUUGUCUUGUCUUCUCCUGUGGUCCUAUUUGUCUUUGUUUUGCUCAUUUCCAAACAAAUAAUAGGAAAGUCCUAAUGUUUGCAUGUUUGCUUUAGGGGGCAUUAUGACCAUAUUUUCUUUUGUUUUUUUUUUUCCUUUAUCAUUUUGUCUUAAUUCUAGAAAAACAAAAAUGCUGAAGUGAUCAGUGUUCUCUCUGCUGUCAUCAUUUUGUUGGCGAAGUAUAACCAGGACAGUGUAAAUAAUUAAACCACAAAGAAAAUUAAAGAUGUCAAUUGUC